GAUCCUUCCAAACUGCUAAAGAUCCUGCAUGCGUGACUGUAAAUGUUUAACAGAAGUGUUUGUGGUCAGAGUUUAGUCAGGAGCUUCAGACUUGUGCAGAAUGAGUUCAGCAGGAGGAGGAUCCUCCCUUAAGGUCCAUGCUGUCCGGUUCGGCCCGGGUCAGGAGCUGUUGGGAUCUCUGCAGGCGUUUGUGGCGGAGAGGCGACUCCGAGCGCCGUUCAUCAUCACCUGCGUCGGCAGCGUCACCAAGGCCACGCUCCGGCUGGCCAACGCCACGGCAACAAAUACGAAUGAGAUGAUCCACCUCAGCGGGCGGUUCGAGAUUGUCUCCCUGGUCGGUACGCUGAACCCCGACGCCCACCUCCACAUCUGCCUGUCAGACUUUGAGGGCAAGACAGUCGGUGGUCACGUGAUGGGAGAUCUGGAGGUGUUCACCACUGCCGAGGUGGUCGUCGGCGAGGCGGUCGACCUGCAGUUCACCAGAGAGAUGGACGAUGGGACGGGCUUUCCUGAGCUUGUGGUUAAACCGCGAUCACAGAGUAAAGAUAACUGAAGGAUGUGACAGAUGAAGGAGUAAAAAUACAAUACUGUCACUGCUACUGUAUCUACUUUAAUGUCACAAUGAUUUUAUAUUAUUGUAUUAUUGUAGACUUAUGGACAAACAAAUAAUAGAACAGACCAACUGGCUGACUGACUAUGGCAGCUGAUGACACCGGCUAUUGCAUAACUGUCAAAAAUACGUGUUUUGUAAAAUGUUUUUGGUGAUACCUGCUAGAUAAACCCAUCGCAAGCUU